AAAAACCUACUUGACAUGUACUAUCAGACUUACCAGAUCACACAAAAGUUGCUCAAAACCUAUCCAACCUCAAAAAUUUUGAAAACAUUCAGCUGUCAGUGGCACUACAGGCUAGGGAUGGCCUCAAAUAACUUCCGAAAAGUCUUUCAAUUAACCGACAAAAACACGAUACGAUGGUUUCCCGGUCACAUGGGCAAAGGGCUCCGUCAAAUGCAACAGCAACUGAAGAAUGUCGAUUGCAUUAUUGAAGUACACGACGCGCGCCUCCCCAUCUCCGGUCGCAAUCCCGAUUUCAAGCAUACAAUCGGCGGAUUAAAGCCUCAUAUCCUAGCCCUGAACAAAAAGGACCUGACCGACACCUCUCUCAACUCAAAGUUAAUAUCAGAUUUGAAACGUAACGAAGGAAUCGACCAUGUCAUCUACACAAACUGCAAGGAUCACAAUUGCAAAGGAACCAAGCGCCUAAUGCCUCUCGCGAAAGACCUGAUACAAAACUCGGAUCGUUUCAAUAGAGGCGACUCCAAGGACUUCUGCAUAAUGGUUAUCGGAGUUCCUAACGUGGGAAAGUCAUCCCUCUUGAAUGUGAUGCGAAAUCGCUACUUGAAGCAGCCAAAAGCGGCCGCUGUUGGCGCCAUUGCCGGAAUAACGCGGAGUGUCAUGAACAAGAUCAAAGUUUCGGAGGAUCCGCUAGUGUACAUGAUCGACACUCCGGGAAUUCUGACUCCUCGCAUCGCAGACGAUGAGAUGGGAAUGAAACUGGCCUUGUGCGGCUGCCUCCCGGACCAUCUAGUAGGCGAGGAACUGAUCGCCGACUAUUUGCUGUAUUGGUUGAAUCGUUGGGAGAAUUUCAAGUACGUGGAGCUCAUGGGACUGCAGGAACCCACGGAUAAUAUUAUGGAGGUGCUAGUCAGCGGAGCAAAGCUGCUGGGAAGGACUCAGAAAAGGAAACACUUCGACGGAAGCGUCGCAGUGGUUGCCGAUAUACAAAGCUCGGCUCAGUUUUUUGUUAAACAUUUCCGGAAAGGAUAUUUCGGCAAAGUCAAUUUGGACGCUGAGUUUCCAAGCUAGUGAUUUUUAGACUUUUUAUGUAAUUUAUAGAUAAUAUAGCAAUAUUUUACCAG